GAGGCAGGUGGUGCUGAUUUCAACCCAGCAGCGUCAAGAUUGCGUCAAUUCGGGUUUCAGCCACGUCUGGAGUCUGGGAGACGAGCUUCUCAGAAGAGCCAAAACAGGAACCAGGGUGGCAAAUCACCGAGCGAGGGCGAGCGGACCUCCCCCUCCGCUCCCCACCCCCUGUUCCGGGCGCAGGUCUCCUGGGCUCGGCGCUGGGCUUUGCAGCACUCCGCCCGGCGAGCGCGGCUCCAGCCCGGGAGUUUUCCGAUCAGCACCUCGGACAGAGCACGCAGCAGAAAAAUGGCUCCGAUCGCCAGCAGCCGGGAAGAAUUUGAUGAAAUCCCCACAGUGGUGGGGAUCUUCAGUGCAUUUGGCCUGGUCUUCACAGUGUCUCUGUUUGCAUGGAUCUGCUGUCAGAGAAAAUCAUCCAAGUCUAACAAGACUCCUUCAUAUAAGUUUGUGCAUGUGUUGAAGGGUGUUGACAUUUACCCUGAAAACCUAAGUAGCAAAAAGAAAUUUGGAGCAGAUGACAAAAAUGAAGUUAAGAAUAAACCAGCUGUGUCCAAGAAUUCAUUGCAUCUCGACCUUGAGAAAAGAGAUCUCAAUGGCAAUUUUCCCAAAACAAACCUCAAAGUUGGCAGUCCCUCUAAUCUGGAGAAUGUGACCCCGAAGCUCUUUUCAGAAGGAGUAAAAGAUGCUAUUUCCCCCGAUAGCUUGAAGUCCAGUACUUCCCUUACUUCAGACGAAAAACAAGAGAAGUUGGGAACCCUCUUCUUUUCCUUAGAGUACAACUUUGAGAGGAAAGCAUUUGUGGUGAAUAUCAAGGAAGCCCGUGGCUUGCCAGCCAUGGAUGAGCAGUCAAUGACCUCUGACCCUUACAUCAAAAUGACAAUCCUCCCAGAGAAGAAGCAUAAAGUGAAAACCAGAGUUCUGAGAAAGACCUUGGAUCCAGCUUUUGAUGAGACUUUUACAUUCUAUGGGAUCCCCUACACCCAGAUCCAAGAGUUGGCCUUGCACUUCACAAUCUUGAGUUUUGACAGGUUUUCAAGAGAUGAUAUCAUUGGAGAAGUUCUUAUUCCUCUGGCAGGAAUUGAAUUAUCUGAUGGAAAAAUGUUAAUGAACAGAGAGAUUAUCAAGCGAAAUGUUAGGAAGUCCUCCGGACGGGGUGAGUUGCUGAUCUCACUUUGCUAUCAGUCCACCACAAACACUCUCACUGUUGUUGUUUUAAAAGCUCGACACCUGCCUAAAUCCGAUAUAUCUGGACUUUCAGAUCCAUAUGUGAAGGUGAACCUGUACCACGCCAAAAAGAGAAUCUCCAAAAAGAAGACUCAUGUGAAGAAAUGCACUCCCAAUGCGGUGUUCAAUGAACUCUUUGUCUUUGAUAUUCCUUGUGAGGGUCUUGAGGAGAUCAGUGUGGAGUUCCUGGUGUUGGAUUCUGAGAGGGGUUCCCGAAAUGAGGUGAUUGGACGCUUGGUCCUGGGAGCAGCAGCAGAAGGAAGUGGUGGGGAGCACUGGAAGGAGAUUUGUGACUACCCCAGGAGACAAAUUGCCAAGUGGCAUAUGCUCUGUGACGGUUAGCACUCUAGCCAUGAGUUGGAACUUAAUGAUUUUUACUAGACAAGGACCAAUUUUGUUUCUUUCUGAUAUGUGAGUGCAAGUUUGGGUUAGAAAGCUUAACUUUUUUUUUUGGUAAGAAAUUGAAUUAGCAGAUCAGAAAAAUAAUGAAAAAUGUUCAUCAUCAUCAUUUCCCCACUUAAAAGAGAUGAUGGCUAUAUUUUCAUAAAAUACUGUUUCCCCUUCAGGUUUGCAGUAAUUUAAUAAGAGCAUUUAUGCUUUUAUGAGUAGUCUAUUAGACUCUAAGCUACAGGUAUGGCUUAGGUAACGAUCCCACCGGAACGUGUCACUGGCAUUCAAUGUGACUAUUAGGAUUUAGUAAUGAAAGAAAGCCUUCCUUCUCUUGUGAAAAUCCAUUUUCUUCAGGUGGGGAAAUCAAUUUUUCGUUAAAUCCAAAGAUAUUAAAAAAAUUCUCUAGUUUUCAUUCUGUCAUGUGCAAAUGGUCGUUCUACAUUCAUAGGGAUAUAUGGUCAUUACUCUUUGGGUAUAUAUAUAUAUACAUAUAUAUAUAUAUAUAACUAUGAUAAGAGGAGUAAUUUAAGGCUGAUGCAAAAGGACUGUGAAUGAGCUAAAAAAUGGUUUUAUCAAAGGGCUGAAUUGAGAACACUAUGGAUGAAAUACAAUUUCUCUCCCCCUUAGUUUACAUGUGAGUCAAAAUGUUACCAAAUAUAAUCUCACAGGAAAACCAUGAUCUUGAAAUACUCACUGCCUGUCACAAGUGUGGCCUAAAAAAGCCCUAUUUACCUUUGUGAAGUUGUCAAAUUAGUUAGUGGGUAAAGAUAUAAACCUCAACUAGAAAUACAGUUAGAAGUGUUGUUUUCUUAUAGAAAAUAUGUAUAGCGUGGAAGUAUACAUUCAAGAAUACCCCUUGUACAAAGAAAGGGCAUGGCUAACUAAGACUAAAUUUAGCUGUUCUCCCCCGAGGAAGGAUUAAGCUACUAUUUUAGAAGAAGAAAAUAAGACUUUGAAGUUUCAACUCUUGCUAGAUAUAAAAUACUACUUUAACUAACAAAUGAAGAAAUAAGAUUAAAACGAUUUAUACAGCAGGCCUAAUAUAAUUUACAUAUGUUCACACAACAUAUAGUUAGGCUGUCAAAUUAGCACAACAAAGUAUGUGUUUCACUAUCUUUUCUAGGCUAAUUUGUCUUGAGCUGUUGUCUGUGAUGCAGUUUAUAGACUUGUGUCUUGUACUGUUUUCUAGUGCCAGGGCUCUGAAAUUCACUACAGACCUUUUAGAGUAAAGCAGUGCCCUAGAUUAUUUGGAAAGAAUUCUCUUGAGGUAAUGUCACUAUAUUUCAGUUUUUAGAGAAGUAUGAGUGAAACUCUGGUACAGUUGAAUUAUUAAAUAUGCAAGUUAGAAAUAAAGUCUACUGAAAAAAAUUUACAUUUUGAGUCAGGUUUUGUGUCAGUACUUUAGCCGUUUUUGAGAAUGUGUUUGAUAUCACAGUGUUUGUAAAUUCUAUGACAAUGCAUUUUCAAAACAACUUCUACAUGCUUUUUAUGACUAUGCCUAAUGUAAAGAAAAUGUUUUACAUUCUGUAUGUACAAAGAUUGAAAUGGACCUCUUUUUUGUGCUUUAAAAUGACUUUGAGAUUAUAAGGAUAAUAUUCCCCAGCCAUUGUCUUCAUUCUAUCACCGUGCCACCUCAUAGCAUUGGUCCACUCAACAUUUCGUGAAUGCAACACAAAAUGAAUUGUAGUAAGUGUGUGGUUUGGAAAUCCAAUGGCCUUCUUAUGUUCGUGUAUUUGGUAUCAUGGGCCAUGAAAUACAGUAUAUUUUGGAGCUCUGAAAACUCAUGAAGAGUCAAUGCUCAGUAUCCUUUGCUGCUAGCAACCAGAUAUAAAUGGUGGUACUAAUUCAAGCAUGGUUAUUGGAGGAGGGUGAUUUUUUUGUUUGAGUGGAACAAUAAACUCUACCACAAACACUUUUAAAAUCACAAAUAAUUUGUAAAUAGUUUUUUGUUCUAAAAAUUGAAACUGGGUGUGAAAAGUCCAAUAAAGCUACAUACAUCUGUUUUUAAGAAAUGAAGGAACUAGAAACGAAUUGAAACAUGCAGGCACAUGUGUGAUCCCAUCCUCUUCAAAAAUACUGUGCUGUUUUAUAAUGUAUUACAAUAUCAACGUGAAUAACUCGAAUUCUAUUAUAAAUCCUGCCUUGUAUUAAACAUGUAAAUUAAUUGUUUGUCUGACUAGCCAAUCUAACCCCCUCAUGGGGAGAUAUCCAUGUUGAAGAACUGUGUAACUCAGUAACUAACUUGUUCCAAUGUUGUGACCCAGUAGAAGUGAUUUGGGAGGAGGCAUGGCGUAUGAGAUGGUGUCUGUUCCCUUGUGCCAGCUCUGUAUGAUGUUUGUGAGACCAUGUUUGUAAGACAUGAAUAAAUUGCUGCUUUUGCCCAACC